AAGUCGGAAACUUUCGAAAAAUGUACCACGUACUUGGUCGAACUAUAUAGAGUUUCGCUGAACUCAAGAUCGAAAAAAGAAAAAUUGUGUGUUAUAAUAUUUUGAAAAUAUAUAAAAAGAUCCUGUGGCAGAAGACGUAGUGAAUUUUUUUAAUAAUUUACAAAAAUUUAAGUGUAUACCAUCUGUGAUUUAAAAAAGUACCUAAUAAUUUAAAGUAAUUUAAUACAAAAGAUAAACCAAGCAUAUUAAGAAAAAUCAAAUAAUUUAAUUAUGAAAUAUUGCUAAUUAACCAGGAAGAAAACAAAUACAAAAUAAGUAAAUAAAUUAAAUUGAAAAAGCUAAUCGAACGAUUAUCUUGCGACCUCUAAUUACAAUAAUAAUUAAAUAGUUUAUUUUUUUAUCUGAAAGAAAUUACACACAAAAGUUGAAAUUCAAAGAUUCCUGCAAACAUGAAACUUUCAGUAUCCUUCUUCUUGGUUGUCAUCUGUACGAUGUGUUUGGCUGCCCAACAAAGUCAAGCUAAAAAGGGCUGUAAUGCAUAUGGUUAUGCCUGUUAUGGUGGUCAUGGUAAACGUUCAUUGCAUACACAACCGGGCGAGACAACAGGUAUGGAACUAAAUGAUUUACAAGAACGUCCGGAUACUGUGGUGCAAUUUUAUCCUAGUGAAGCAAAUGUAUUAAUAGAUGGUAACCUUGAGGCAAUACCAAGAUACAAAUUAAUUAAAAUGAUGAAAUCAUGGUUUGGUAAUCCCCAUAGAAGACCAGUUGCUGAACGUAUACCCGAAAUUGAUUAUCCCUUUUCGGCUGAAUUUCUAAAUCGUGAAAGUAAUUCCGCUACUAAUAACAAUUCCUAUAAAUAAAUUUUAACUACAAACAACAAAAAAAAACUACUUAAAAAUAACAAAACUUAUCAAGGAAUUUCGCAGUCAAAAAAAAUGAAUAGAUCUAUCGAGAAAAAAGCCUCAAUGUGAAUUUUUUUAUUAUGUAUUUAGUUUUGAAGGUGAAAUUCUAAACAUAAGAUUAAUAAAACAAAAACGCUUAAUAUUAUUUUUUAUUUUGAAAUUCAUUUCCUGUAUAGAAAACAUCAUAAAAAAAAAACAUUACAAAAAAAUACUAAAUGUAAAUAAAAAUAUCGAUGAAAAAUAAAAAAACAAAACAAAAAUGCUAAAUAAAUGGUCACAAACUUACAAAAAAAAAAAGAAUAACUGAAAUUUUUUCUUAAAUAUUUAAUAAAAAAAACUAAAAAAAGGGCUGGUAAAAAAUUUCAGUUACAAUUUUUUAAGCAGAAAUAAUAAAACACACUCCACUAUCAUAAAAAAAAACUACUUUGUUAA